CUGAUGGCAACGGGAAGCGCCCAUGGAGUCAAGUACCUGAGCGAUCUGAUCUCAAACCUGAACAAGACGUGUGAAUCCCUCGGGAUGUGGCAAAACUGGAUGAGCCCAUCGAAGACAUCGCUUCCGCCGAUCGGUACCAAUUCGCAGCAAACGACCGUCGUCAGUUCGUGCAAAAAGGUUCCCCUGGACGCCAGUGGAGUGUAUCUGUUUCAACCGUCGGAAUCGAUCUACCCAUAUCCGGUCUAUUGCGAUCAGGAGAGUUUCAUCGGAAGCCAAGGGUGGAUUGUGAUCCAGAACCGGAAGGAGAACGGUCAGUUGAGCUUCGAUCGCGAUUGGACCGAGUACCGGGAUGGGUUCGGUGAUCCGAGGAACGAGUUUUGGUUGGGACUGGAGAAGAUUUACCAGCUGAUGAAACGGGACGAAAAGUACGAACUGCUGGUGAUGAUGAGAAAGAAGAACGGGAAAACGGAAGCGGCUCGGUAUUCAACGGUUUCGAUUGGAGGCGAAGAGGACGGGUAUGCGCUGGAGCUGGGAAGCUAUGCCUUCGGGAGUGCCGGCCAUACGAUGGAGUUUAGCAACAAGGCGAAGUUUUCGACGCCGGAUAGCAACCACGAUGGAGCGGGGAAGGAAUGUGCCCAGCAACUGCGCAGUGGAUGGUGGUUCAGCGAUUGCGACGAUUUACCAUCGGGCCCCAGGAGAACGGUGAAACUGUCGGCGACGUGCGACAAAAGAAUUCACCCCUACAAGGGAUACUUCUACAUGGGUGAUCCUUGUCUGGACGAGACUCGAAUACUCAUUAGAGAGCUCUAA